AUGCUAGAGUUUUGGGCUCUUUCGAUUAGUCUAAGGUGUUGUAGCUCUGUACAUAACUUGUCUUGGUUUAGUGCCUCAUGCUGCUGCAGCUCACUCACAGCUAAUCUACUGUCCCUCUCUCGAUUGACUUUGACCAAUUCACUCACUUCUUUCAUCUCACAUUCUCUAUUUUCAUUUCUUUUAUCUUUACUCAUCUCACAAUGAAGCCCGGUGCGUCUCUCCGUCUUAGAGCCCUUCGACAGGUUACACCCAGUAACCGUUUGUCUCUCCCCGCUUCGGCGAGAUGGCAACAUUCCCGGGCCAUGUCAACAGUUGUUGACUUUCAUCCUCGACCUUCGCAACCGCCGCCUCCUCCGGCUGGAGCUAAUGAAGCGGUUGAGAAGCAGAGGGCCGAGAAGAGAAAGCAGAUUCUGAGAGAGGCUGUUACGGCGACUCAGGUUCGACAUGACUGGACCAAGGAGGAGAUUGCGGCCAUUUACUACCAGCCUGCCCUUGAGCUAGCAUACCAAGCUAGCACCGUACACCGUCGAUGGCACAACCCCGCCGAAGUGCAACUCUGCACUUUGAUGAACAUCAAGACAGGCGGUUGCACCGAAGACUGCUCCUACUGCGCCCAAUCCACCCGUUACCAAGAAGGCACAAAGGUUCCCGCUAAGAGAGUCGAGAGCGUCGAAAGCGUACUAGCAGCUGCGCGAACAGCCAAAGAGAAGGGAAGCACCCGGUUCUGCAUGGGCGCCGCAUGGAGAGAUAUGCGUGGUCGCAAGAACAGUUUGAAGAACAUCAAGGCUAUGGUUGAGGGUGUUAAGGGUAUGGGUAUGGAGGUCUGCGUGACGCUGGGUAUGAUCGAUGCAGAGCAGGCAAAGGAGCUCAAGGCCGCGGGCCUCACGGCGUACAACCACAACGUCGACACUAGUCGUGAGUUCUACCCGUCUGUUAUUACAACACGCAGCUACGACGAGCGAUUACAGACGCUGAGCCACGUGCGCGACGCGGGUAUCAAGGUGUGCUCAGGUGGAAUUCUCGGUCUUGGUGAGAGCAGCGAAGAUCGCGUUGGUCUUCUUCACACCGUUUCAACACUCCCAAGUCACCCGGAGAGCUUCCCUGUCAACGCACUGGUUCCCAUCAAGGGCACGCCGCUGGGCGAUCGACCCAUGGUUGAGUUCACGAGCAUGUUGCGAACUAUCGCCACGGCUCGUAUCAUCAUGCCCUCGACCAUCAUCCGCAUUGCAGCGGGUCGCAAGACCAUGUCGGAGGAGAAGCAGGCCUUGUGCUUCAUGGCGGGUGCGAAUGCUAUCUUUACGGGCGAGAAGAUGCUCACGACUGAGUGUAAUGGCUGGGAUGAGGACGCAGCCAUGUUUGGACGAUGGGGUCUUGAGCCCAUGAAGAGCUUUGACAAGUCUCCCCAGCCCGCGCCUGAAGUUCGAGUUCUGUAACAGUCAAAAUUGCUUAAAUUGAGUCAAGUUUCAGCACACCAUCCCCCCAUGUAAAACUGCUAUCGAAGUUUAUCAUGCCGGCCCACACCGGCUUGGUUCCGGUCGUGAGAAUGACAAAAAAGCAAGGUUCAGUGAUAACCGAGGGAGCGGAUAGAACGCGAUAUCACAUCACGUUAGCAGAGGCGCAUGAGAUGGAGAUAACGAGGAUAAUCAAGAGAUGUAGUGGAGCUAAAAGAAUCAUUCUCUGCGCGUGACUCGCGGAUUUCUGGGUUUGUUAGGCCAAUCUCGUGACGACCUACCACGAGAACAGUGAUUAGUUAGUGUUGAUGAUCAGAUUUACAGACGAUUUCAAGUUUGAGUAUUCGUAAAGAUGUCAUUUUCACUUUGACUUGAAGAUAUGCAAUUGUACGUGUUCAGCAGAUGGGGUGUAUAAAAGUGCACCGAGUAGAAAGCGUCGAG